GAAUACAUAGAAGAGGUGUAUAAUGGUUAAAAAUGUAUAACAGGACCAUCAUCAUUUAUAUCUAUUCAAAUGCAAUGUUAACUAACUAAAACAAAAUCUGGAUAAAAAAGCGGAUUGAACAGUAAUCUCAGAGGCUCUCAAUCUCAACUCCAUCAAAACUUCAUAGCGAAGACAUACAGAGAGAGAGAGAGAGAGAGAUGAGGCAGCCAUCAUCAUCAGCAUCAUCCUCAGGAGCAGGAACAAGCAAGACACCGUGUUGCAGCAAAGUGGGACUGAAAAGGGGGCCAUGGACUCCGGAGGAGGACGAGCUGUUGUCGAAUUACAUAAACAAGGACGGUGAGGGACGGUGGCGCACUCUUCCCAAGAGGGCGGGGCUACUCCGCUGCGGAAAGAGUUGCAGACUCCGUUGGAUGAACUACCUCCGCCCUUCCGUCAAGCGCGGCCUCAUCGCCCCCGACGAGGAGGACCUCAUUCUCCGCCUCCACCGCCUUCUCGGCAACAGGUGGUCUUUGAUAGCGGGGAGAAUUCCGGGGCGUACAGACAAUGAGAUAAAGAACUACUGGAACACUCACCUCAGCAAGAAGUUGAUCGGCCAAGGGAUUGAUCCCAGAACCCACAAACCAUUAAGCCCUAAUUCUUCCUCCAACGUGGAUGACAAACCCUCUUCCUCAAAAGCCAAUCAGAUUCAAAUUCCGAUUCCUCCUAAACCUAACCGUAAUGUUGUUACUCCUCCUCCUCCUCCUCCUCCGCCUCCUGCCUUGGAACAGCCGGUCAGUAGUAGUGGUCGAAUUCUCAUCAACAAGGGAAGAAAUAGGUAUUAUUUUGAGGGGCCAAACGCAAACCUCGGCCAGUAUCAUGGUGAGGAGGGACUAGGAAAUGGUGGAGUUGUCGAUUACCAGAAUAAUUCUGAUGUUUGUGGGAUAGGUUUGAGAAGCAGCAAUGGUCUUGGUGGCUGCAAUGAGGACGAUGACUAUGAUAUUAACUAUUGCUCCGACGAUGUGUUCUCUUCAUUCUUGAAUUCACUGAUCAAGGAAGAUGUGUUCAACAGUCAACACCACCAAGUGCAACAACAGUUUAAUGGGAUUGCAAUUGCACCUGCUGCUGCUGCUGGUUCAUCUGAUCCUUUGAUCUAUCCUCCUCAGAGUUUGGCCUUUGGUGCCGGAUGGGAUGCUCCAAUCAUGUCUGCUUCUAAUCAAAUUGAGCCCAAGAGGGUUCAUGAUCAUGUAGAAAAGCAAUUCUGAAAAAUGAAUAUCCUGCAUUUACAUAGUUCAUAGUUCAUUGAGACUUUUUGGCCAGGGUUUGCUUUCCACUAUUAUUUUAUGUACGUCAAUUUUAAUGUUAUUUAUGUUGCUCUUCAACUUUCUUUGUUGUUUGUGGUUAUACUAUGUUGUUUGUAAUGUAAACAAAACAGAUAUCAAUCUGGUGGUAUGCUGUGUAAGUGUGAUUUAUUUGCAUAAGCUGA